GUCUCUCUCACAUGGUAAUGGCUGACACAGGCGGCAGAAGGGAUGGGGAAGGGGCUUCCUUUCCGAACCGCAAGGGGCAGCCGACCGUGGUGUCCCUACGGAUAGCAAAAGGAGCUGUAGCAGGAGUUUCAGGAGAAGCAAGCUGGAACGGCAGGAUGGCGUCAUCCGGAGGUAUUGGCAGGCGCUCUUCCCAUUCCUCUGCUGGAGUCAGAGACAUUGCAGCACAGUGACUGUCCCAACUACUUGACAUGUACACUGGCGCAGCAACUUGUUUAUCCUAUCUAAAAGCUCAGUCUGAGGUCAGCAAGUCUAGCUGCAAUCAAGGGCCCAAAAUGAAUGCAACAGUACAUCUGUGGGAAUGGUUGCAUAAUUCAACAUCUUAUCAAGUCACCACAUCAAUCCAGGGUUGUGAUGGGAAAAGAAUCUCCAGAAUGAAUAUUUCAGUUUCUUUAAUUUACCCAGUGGUCACUACCAGACAGCACAUAAUAUUCACCAGAUGGUGGGAAAAACAUCUCGUUGGACCUGAUGGCAGACACCGGUGCAGACGUUACCAUCGUCCCUCAGGCAGAGUGGCCGCGCGACUGGGAGUUAGUGUCCCCUUGUGGCACAAUCUCCAGCGUGGGAGGAGCCGUCAAUUCCUGACGCAGUAAGCACCUCGUGUGUGUAGAGGGGCCGGAGGGCCAGGUUGCCACAAUUCGGCCUUUUGUGGUUGCAUCUAACAUCAAAUUAUUAGGCAGGGACGUAUUGUCCCAAUGGGGUGCCCGUCUCGACAUCCCUAGCCCUGCGUGGGAUUUUUAGUCUGGGCCACUGCGGAGCGCACCUCCCCACCGCUUAAUUGGAAAACUGAUACACCGGUGUGGGUGGACCAGUGGCCCUUGCCAAUCGGAAAACUUAAUGCGCUCAAUGAACUAGUAGAGGAGCAGGUGCACCUGGGGCAUUUAAUACCUUCCACCAGCCCCUGGAAUACGCCUGUCUUUGUUAUUAAAAAACCCGGCAAAGACAGGUGGCGCCUGCUCCAGGACCUACGCAGGGUUAACGAUGUUAUUGAGGAUAUGGGACCCUUGCAACCAGGCCUUCCCUCUCCCUCUAUGCUGCCCCGGGAUUGGCAGCUCGCAAUCCUUGAUAUCAAGGAUUGUUUUUUCAACAUCCCGUUAUACCCCGGAGAUGUUCCCCAGGUUCGCGUUUUCGGUUCCCUCUAUCAACUGAGGUGAGCCGUAUAAACGGUACCAAUGGACCACUCUGCCCCAGGGAAUGAAGAAUUCCCGGGUGCUCUGCCAAACCUUUGUGGCACAGGUCCUUUCCCCAAUUCGUCGCCUCUUUCCAGAGGCCAUCAUCCUUCACUAUAUGGAUGAUAUUUUGAUUUGUGCUGCCAGCUCAACAUAUCUACAAGCAGCCUUGGACAGGACAAUUAAAGCUAUCAAGAAUGCAGGCUUUCAGAUCGCGGAGGACAAGAUCCAGCUGUCGUCCCCCUGGAAAUACCUGGGCUUCCUGAUUACGGGAAGGACCGUCGCGCCCCAGUCUCUUUAUCAUCAAGGGCGACCCACGGACCCUGCGGGAUUUGCAGCAGCUUUGCGGUACCAUCACCUGGAUCCAACCUCUCCUGGGACUCACCACAGAGGAGCUGUCGCCACUCUUCCACCUGCUGAAAGGCGACGGCGACCUGGCAUCCCCACGACAUCUCACACCGGAUGCCCGUGAGGCCUUGGAGAGAGUUGCAGCUGCUAUCAAGUCCUGCCAGGCGCAUCGGGUCGCGCGGUCCCUCCCAAUCCAGUGUGCCAUCCUGGACUUUGGGCCACCCAGAAUGGCAGUCACAGCAGCCAGAACACCCUGCAGUGACCGGCUUCCUGCAGCAGCACUCUUCACCAUCGUGUGGCUUCACCUGGCAGGAAGCUGGAUCGUACCACAGCCCAAAGAGAACGUCUGGGUCACGCUGGCAAAGUCCAUCGGGCAAGAACAACUCUGCAUGGCCAUGGGAGGUGUAGACAACCCGUUGUCUACAUGCCUGGUGGGAGUCCCCCUGUCGGAAAACGAUUUUCCACUCACAGCUAUGAAACCCAACUCGGUGGACUCCUGGGGGAGUUGGAUAAGGACACUACUGCAGGCACCACAGGAACCCCAGGAAUUGGACCUACUGGGGUCCACAAGGGCUCACUUAUGCAUUAGGUUUUACACUAAGGCCCCUCAAGGAAAAAUAGAGCAUAACAUCAAAGAGGUCACACCAACUGAUAAAAAAUAUAUUAAUGAGUGGUGCAACUAUACGAGCCAGGUACUGUCCAAGUCCUACCCAUACCCUAAGGAGCUCCCUCGGGGUGUGUUUUUGAUCUGUGGGGAGAGGGUGUGGGCUGGGAUCCCCUCUAAGAUCAAAGGGGGUCCCUGUAGCCUUGGCAGGCUUACUACCCUAACCCCCAACAAGACACAAAUUCUUGAUUGGAAAAGGGGAAGUCAAUCGGCAUGCCAAAAAAGAUCUUAUGGGGAAUUUGACCUAAAUUGCGAUUCCGAAAUUUAUGAUUGGAGUGAGGGAAAGAGGGUUGCCGCUUCUAUUUUUCUACUAUGGUACGCGGCAGCAAAAGCCCUCGGUGAGAUUUCUCACCUGGGGUGUUGGAUGAGUAAGCAGGCCAACGCUACGUCUGCCGCAUUAUCAGACCUCUUGGCAGAAGAAGAGACCACCAGGUACACCACCUUAAAGAACAGAGCAGACAUCGAUUUUCUGCUGCUCGCCCACGGCCAUAGCUGCGAGGACUUUGAAGGGAUGUGCUGCUUCAAUCUGACAUCGAAGAGCACAUCCAUCCAAGCCAACAUCCAGCAGAUCCAGGCGUUAGUCAAAGACUUAAAGACUGAAACCAGGGCUGUGGAUGCGGUGAACAAGACCUUCUCCCAGUGGGGUGUUCCUGGGUGGGCCGUGCCAAUCGUUAAAGGUUUAAUUUGGAUUUUGAUUAUUAUUUUCUUAAUUUCUGUAGCCUUAACUAUCUUUAAGAAAAUGUUAACGAGGAACUUGGGGAAUGUUUUUUUAAUAAAUCAGAAAGGGGGAGUUGUGGGAGGGGUUCCUGCUCUCCCUUGGGAGGCAGCAACAGUUUAGAAAUCAGCUGCUGCUCUCCACCCCAGAAGAGCUGUCCAUCAAUGUUUAGCAUACUCCCCAGUUCCAGAAAGUUCAGUUAUUCUGUUACCCCCAUUGGCUCCUGUUAGAAUACCACUCCUCCUCUGUACCCUGAUUAGUUCUCUGUAUGUCACCCCACUCUGUCUCCCCCCUUUACCCGUUGCCAUUGGCUGUCUUGUACCCUAACCACUCCCACUUCUUUGCCCUUAAUACCCAGCCCCGCCUUUCCUCGGGGCUUCCGGAGUUCGCUCCCUUCUGGAGAGCUCGUGUGAAAUAAAGCCUCUAGGAAUAAAGCCA